AAGGGCAUGAAGGGGCGUGGCUAGCAGUACCUCGCCGCUGGUGAGGCUGUCACCGUUGUCACCGCUGCUGUCACCUCUGCUUCUCUCUCUAGUAAAGAAGAUGACUGUGGGGAGGACUUCGGGAGGCCCUGAGUGCUCCGAGUGGAGCCGUGAGAUAUUUCCCCCCAAAUCCUCCUCCUCAGACACUGAGCCAGAAGAUGAGGUGUUUGGAGGAGGACUGGUUUUGCCCAGAGCUGGCAAACUCCAUGAGUUCCUCAGCCCAGAGGAGGACACAGAUUCUACUUCUGACUCCACCGGGAGCUUUUACAGAACCCCACAGGUUCUGAAGCAGAAAGGCAGGUGGGAUCUGUUGGAGUCUCUCUUUCCAUCUGAUCCAGACAGUGAUCUGAAUGGCUCUGAGGAUGAGGAAGACUUGGAGAGCUUCUUCCAAGACAAGAGCAGGGGAAAGCCACAGGUCCAGGACCCUCCAUCUCUUAGGUGUGGUUCCCUGCGGCGCUGCAGCUCCAUGACUAGCCUUCCCUCUGACCCUGUUCCCAAGGCUCAGACCCUGCCAACCUCAGACUCUGGGCCUCCCUCCCAACACAGAAGUGUUUGCUCUUGGGCAUCUUCCAUCACUGUCCCUCAGCCAUUCCGCAUGACACUGCGUGAGGCCCGGAAGAAGGCCCAGUGGCUGGCCUCACCUGCCUCUUUUGAGCAGGAAAGGCUACAGGCCCAGAAGCAGGGCCAGGAAGAAGCGGAGUGCCAUCGGCAGUUCCGGGCCCAGCCUGUGCCCGCGCAUGUCUACCUGCCCCUCUAUCAGGAGAUCCUGGAGCGCGGAGAGGCAAGGAGGCGUGCUGGUAUUGAGAAGAGGAAAGAGCUCCUUCUCUCCUCCUUGAAGCCCUUCAGCUUCCUUGAAAAGAAGAAGCAGCAAAAGGAAGAUACUCCACAGAGAGACUCGGCUGCUGUAGCUCAGACCAAGGUCCCCCCAAAGAAGGCCACUUCUAGAAAGAUCCCCAAGUCCAUUCUAGAGCCAGCCCUUGGCGGCAAACUCCAGGAAUCUGAGCUCCUCAGGAAAAUCCGCAUCCAGAUGAGGGCCAUGGACAUGCUCCGGAUGGCUUCCUCCCCUAUCAGCACCUCCAGUAACAGGGCUCCCCGAACGGCUACCCGUACCCAGGAGGAAAAGCUGAGCUUCCUACAGACUGAGUUUGGAUUCCAGCCUAAGGUGAACCCUGUGGUCCCUGACUAUGAGGGCCUUUACAAGGCUUUCCAGAGAAGAGCUGCCGAGAGAAGGGAGACCCGGGAGACAACUCGAAAUAAGCCCUUCUUGCUAAGGACUGCCAACCUGUGUCACACUCCACGAUCCUGUGAUGCUGCUACUGCUGGCGGAGGGAAGAAGUCCCCUCGGCCAACAGCUCCACCCCUGCCAAGGAGUCGUUCUCUGAGUGGUCUUGCUUCUUUUUCUGCCAACACUCUCCCCGUGCACAUCACAGAUGCUACCAGGAGGCGGGAAUCUGCGGUCCGAAUGUCACUUGAAAAGAAGGACAAGUCAGACAUGAGCAUUCAGUGGUUGGAGAUGCACAAAAAGAACUGUCAAGCCAUGUCUAAAUCAGUGACCUUGAGGGCAAAAGCCAUGGAUCCCCACAAAAGCCUGGAAGAGGUGUUCAAAGCGAAGCUUAAAGAGAACCGGAACAAUGACCGUAAGAGAGCAAAGGAAUAUAAGAAAGAACUGGAGGAAAUGAAGAAAAGAAUACAAACAAGGCCCUAUCUCUUUGAACAAGUUACCAAGGCCCUUGCCAGAAAAGAGGCAGAACAGCGAUAUCGGGACACCCUGAAGCAGGCUGGCCUGGAGGAAGAGUUUGUGAGAACCAAGAGUCAAGGCACAGAGGCACUGUGAUGUAAAGAGAGAGCCAAAGUCAAGGAUUCUCACUGGUAAGAGCAUCUAUGAAGCUACAAAACUCAGCAUCCAAGGUUGACGGCAGGAUUUAGAAGACUCUACAACUGCCUGCUGGCCCCAGGCUGGAACAGCAAUGGCUUGAACAGCUAACCAAUCUGCUUGUUGAAAUAGUUCACUCACCAUAUCACAUCAGAGCCUCAAGCAACCAAUUAGGGGAGGAGCUUGAGUUUAGAGGCAUGGCCUCUGUUAGGGAAUGGAAGAACAGAACAGAAAUUCAGAGAUCAAAGUGAAGCUGAGGGUGGAGGCACCCUAGCCCAGUGCUAAAGGCUCUUGCUUUGUACCUGACAUGUAGGAGUAGGUAUAGAAAAUAAGGUAGAGCCCACACCUCUCAGGUAGGUAUAAAAGGAACAAAGGUAGAAAAAUAGGUAGCAAUAAGGAAACAAAUCCAGGACAGCCAGACCUAAUACAUUCUCAUCAGCUUCCAGUAACCUGGAAUCUUGGCAACUAGACAUAUAGGAAUACUGUGUGUGAAAUAAAGUAUGUUUCUCAGUCCACAUCUGCAGCCCUAAGUACAGGCCUUAUCAUUAGCAUCUGACGCACUACAACAAGUCAAUUUUUAUUGAAUGUAGGAUUCUUUUUAAGUUUUUUUUAAAAGAUUUAUUUAUUAUUAUAAUUAAGUACACUGUUGCUGUCUUCAGACACACCAGAAGAGGGUGUCAGAUCUCAUUAUGGGUGGUUGUGAGCCACCAUGUGGUUUCUGGGAUUUGAACUCAGGACCUUCGGAAGAGCAGUCAGUGCCCUUACCCAAAAGAUUUGUUUUCUAUGAAUACACUUUCACUGUCUUCAAACGAAUCUAGAAGAGGGCAUUGGAUCCCAUUACAGAUGGUUGUGAGCCACCAUGUGGUUGCUGGGAUUUGAACUCAGGACCUCUGGAAAAGCAGCCAGUGCUCUUAAGCACUGAGCCAUCUCUCCAGCUCCCUUCGGAUGUUUUCUUCCUUACCCCUUGUAGCGCCCCUCUUCAGGUUGUUGACAAAACUGUUUCCAGAUAUUGCUAAAUGGCCUCUAGAGAGCAAAAAUGUCCCAGAUUGAGAAUCAAUCCUAUAGAAGGCACAGACAGGUAAUUUUGGAAAAACAAGUAAUCGCUAGGGACUUGUCUCCAUACCAGAGGAUAGUUAUGUGUGUCAAUAACAAAUGCAGAGCAGCAGUUCUUCUCCACCAUUCUUUGAGAACACUAUUUGCAUAUGUGAAUUGCAGCACAGAGUUUACUUUAAAUAAAACUUCUUUGACCACUGA